AUGUCGACAGCACAAUCGUGUGGCAAACUACUCUGUCGACGAGAGAUUGCGUCGUUUCUCGACAAGACGACAACAACUCGAGAGGACUGCGAUGCCUUCGCGACUGGUCUCGGGCGCUCAGUUCGCCUCAAGUCUCUACAGCUGUCUCUGGAUAUCUCAGACGUCGAUCGGUUAAUUCACGGCGACUUUGUGCCGCGGGUCGAAUAUGGCGGCCAGCUCAGCGGAGACAGUGUGGUCGAGAACGACGCAGCGGCCGCCAUGGAACGCAAAGACUCGAAAACCAAGAGACCCAAAGAAGCCCUCAUAUACGUGAUGGACUUUAUUCUUACCCACAACGCGGAGGUCUCAGAACCUCGCCCGGCUUUGCCCAGUGGCGUAUGA